UGACGAAGUAGAUCAGUAGAUAAACGUCAGUUUCGAUUGUACCUCGCCGUUGAAGAACUUCUCUGAGCGUUUUUACCCGAGAAAAAUCACAAAACUUGAAAUAAACAGUUUCUUAAGAUAGUUUAGGCCUAUUCUAGGUGGGCAGCAUGAAGGCUGCCGCAGUGCAGGGCAGCGGCGCGUACGCCUCCCUGUCCAGGGGGGCCACGGAGAACGUGUACCGCCCCACCACGGGCACGGUGGCCGUCCCGGGGCUGCUGGACGGCCUGAAAAGGGUCUUGGGGCUGAGCGUUGCCGCAACACCAGUCAGGGAGAAGAGGGAACCGCUUCUGGAACAGGUGGGUGGUACCGGAAGAAGAGCCGUGGUCGUGGCAGCAAGCAGGACGCAAGUGGAGACCCUUGGAGCCAGCAACAAAAUGCCAACUUCCGGUAUUGCCGAGGAGGCGGCCCUUUUGGGUACGAUGCCUUCAGAUUCCAUGGACGACAUCGAGUUGAAAAACAUCAAAUUACAAUUUCCCAGCGCUAGAUCCAUGUCAAGAGAGGAUUCCAACGCUCAAGAAGAGGUGGUAGAGACUGAUCGUGGAAAUAUUGUCGUUGCAGUGCAAGGAAAUAGGAAUAAGCCAGCCAUAUUGACUUACCACGAUUUGGGAUUGAAUUACCUGUCUAAUUUCCAAGCUUUCUUUAACUACAUCGAUAUGAGAGCCCUGGUGGAAAACUUUUGCGUGUACCAUGUCACUGCUCCAGGCCAAGAAGAAGGUGCUGGGAUAUUUCCAGAAGAUUAUGUUUAUCCUUCGAUGGACGAGCUGGCUGAACAAAUUAGCCAAGUGACCAGACAUUUUAAUUUGAAGCAGUUUAUUGGAUUUGGAGUGGGAGCUGGUGCGAAUAUUUUGUGCAGAUAUACGCUAAAUCAUCCCGAAAUGGUUUCCGCGCUUUGCUUGAUCAAUUGCGUCAGCACUCAACCAGGUUGGAUCGAAUGGGGCUACCAGAAACUGAACACCAGACACCUCAGAUCUAAAGGCAUGACCCAGGGAGUACUGGACUACCUCAUGUGGCACCACUUCGGAAGGAAUACGGAGGAACGUAAUCACGACCUGGUGCAAGUAUACAAAUCCUACUUCGAGCGGAACGUGAAUCCCACCAAUCUCGCCCUGUUCAUCGACAGUUACGUGAAGAGGAACGAUUUGAACAUUCACAGGGAUCCGGACCCGAACAAACGGAACAGCUCGACGCUGAAAGUGCCCGUGAUCAAUAUCACGGCCGCUUACAGUCCCCAUGCCGACGAUACCGUUACUUUCAACGGACGUCUGGACCCCACAAACUCAUCGUGGAUGAAGAUAUCGGACUGCGGAAUGGUUCUAGAAGAACAGCCCGGCAAAGUGAGCGAAGCCUUCAGACUGUUCUUGCAAGGCGAAGGUUAUGUGGCGCCGUUGUCCCCGGUCAAGAUGGCGCUGUUCCGGAAACAGUCGCUGGAAGAACUGUUCCGGUCCCGGCUCCACAGCACCGGCCAGUGUUUACAGGGCGUUAUUAAUAUCACCGAAAACCCCAUUUCGGCAGUGGUGUGUUAAGGUGCGCACGUGCCUCGAGCAUGCGCCGACCGGCGCUCGGCUCGCAUCGGUAGCGCUGUAGAUUAGAAAAUUAGAGGAGUCAUCUACUCCGAUUUAAAAAAAAUUAAAAAAGGUUUGUUAAAGAUCUACAAGUUUUAUUUUAAAAAUUUUAUGAAAAAAGCUCGUGCACAAUCUAAAAAAAGCUGAUUAACAUUUCUUUGUUGCUUUACUUGAGCGGAGAUAGAGUAUGAUGAUUCCUCUUAGUUUAUAAUCUAUAGAUAAGUGACUGUAUUGAAAUUUAUGUGAUCGAAUCGAGAAGGGUAUUAGAAACAAAAAGAGGAAAACAAAAUGAUCUUAUUUUGUUUACUCUCGUGUAGGUAGUUUAGUAAAUUAAUAUGAAUAAAUGUAUCCGCAUCACAUCGGACAGAGUAUUUAUAUAGGGUGCGCAUUUUAACGAUAAAUUUCAAUACAGGAUGAGUUUUGUUCUUUUCGAAUAAACUGCCUAAAUAACAGUCGAGCACACAUAUCUUCCCUGUUUCACAAAUAAAUGAACCAGUUGCAGAUUAAGAAUUGUGUUUGUACCGACGCGACGUGACAAAAGAAUAAUUGGAAAUGGUAUAUCUGGUCAAAUAUAGAAUUAUAUUUGGCGAUUUGGAUAUCAGCAUAUUCAAGCAAUGAGAAUGCAUUCAGCGCAAUAUUGGUACAAUAUCAUUCCAAUAACGAGUGAAAUUUGACAUCUAAAUUUUUCUCACAGACUGUAUAGAAUUCGAUUCUCAUCAUUGGAAUCUCGGAUAUACUAGGUCAGUAAUAUGAAGUCAAAGUUUUUUACUGAUCAAAAUGACACUUUAAAGUUUAAAAAUUCUUAAUAUUUCCGAAGGUCUUUGAAGAAAAAAAACGAAUAUUUGCGAUUGCAUUUUUAUUCUUAUGGCCCUAUUACAGGAAAUAUACCAAAAUAGUCUCAUUCUCAUUGCAACUUUUUUUUUCUACAUGAAGGUGUUAUCAGGUUUUCAAACUGACGUUUCGACUUUAAGCUCUGUCGUUAUCAACAUUUUUUUAAAUACGGCACUAUCUAUCUUUCGUAUGGCAACACAAAACAAACAUCACAAACAAAACACAUGAGACAUGAGACCGAUCAUCGUACAAGUAAAGUAAAAAGAUAAAUAUGUGUGUAAAUAAUAAUCAGACAGCGUUUAAAAUGUACAAACCAAGUAGGUAAGGUCCCAAAACCAAUGAUGUAAAAAUUUAUUUUAAUGGAAAAAAUAUAAACAGAAAAUAUAUUUUUGGUAAGAUUAUUUUACCAGAAAAUCAUUAAAAUUAUUUUUUCGAAUAAGUGCAAUAUAUCGUUGGUUUUGGUACCUUAGAAGCUUUAAAAUUCGCAAUGAAAAAUGCGGGGUAGUGUUUAAAAACAGAAAGUUUAUAAUGGCAGGGCUCAAAAAUGAAACAUCCAUCGGUUUGAAAAUCUGAUAACGCCAUCUUGUAGAAGAAUAAAGUUAGCAAUGAGAAUCUAAAGUUUAUUUUGUUAUAUCUAUUCAGAUAGAGUUAUAAAAAAUAAAAAUGAAAUCGAAACGAAUAUUCGUUUUUUUUUUCCAAAAUAUUCGGAAGUAUUCGAAAUUUUUAAACUUCCAAUAUGGUAUUUUUAUCAGCAUGAAAUUGCGUAACUUUGCCUUCAUUUAAUCGAAUUCGUAUAUCUUCCUAGUUUCCGAGAUCCGAUUGAUAAGUCUCGAAUUUGGGACACCCUGUACACGUGCACCACGCCUUUAGCACAAACUAAACCUCUGUCGAUGCCCGACUGUCUACAUCUAUAGAAGAGCGUCGCAUCUGAAGAUGCUUGUAAAAUUAAUAGGGUUCUAGUGCAUCAAUUUUUCUUGAUGGGAAUGAAAAUACUAUAGGGUAACAGAGUUCAUAGUGAAUACAUCUUUGGGUGUUGUUAGUAUACGUCAGCUAUGUCAGCUGUCAAUACUUAAAAGGUUUUUUAACUGGUUUGUAUUAUAUAAUAAUAUGAAUAAUCUGCAACUGCAUUUUUUUUGUUAAACAGUUGGAACUUUAAAACCGUAUGGUACGUACCCUUUAGGAAUCUGCUACUAUUUUAAAGUACUAUUGGCCUACACAUUAUAAAACUAACUGGAUUAUCGAAAAACAAGCACCUAGAAUUUGCAUUCACUAUACAGAAGUUCGGUUUUUAUUUACGCCCGAUUAAAACAAUCAAGUGAGAAUCCGUUUUUUUUCAAUCGAACAAUGUAUUUUGUUUAUACUUUUAUUUAUUGUGAAGAAAUCAAAUUAAGCUUCUUCAGUAGUUUAUUAACGUUGAAAAGAAAAUUUUACCGAUAAAAUAAAUUAAAUAUGGCUCUAUAUAAAGCUACACGUCCUUUCAUUUAUAUUAGGCGUAAAUAAAAUUCAGAAGUGGGAUUUCAAAGAUAAUAAAGCAUAAAAUAGAACUCAUAUUGCAUUAAUCAUUUAUCAGUAUUACUUAAAAUUAACAUUGCUAUGUAUAAUUUUCUCAUAUAAUCAUACGUGAGUUACUUUAUGAAAAAUAAAGAGACAGAUAAAUAUAAACUAUGCUCAAGUGAAAACAACGUCAUAGUAAGCAAAGAA